ACUCACCCGGUCAGUGGAUCCAGACGGUCAGUAGCUCCUCCGGGUGUCGGUGUCCAGCCUCAUCCCCGUGUUGUGGUUUGUUGUUCGGACUGCUCCCUGGCUAAGAGCUAACGUUAGCCUAGCCGAAGUUAUCUGGGAGAAACAUGGAGUCUAACGAGCAAGUGUAUGAACGUGGGAAACUCCUCCGUAGAAGGAGAUUUAGAAAAAGUCGACACUCGUGUGUUUCCUCUCAGUUGUGUGUUUUUUCAUCUCGCGGGUAGCGGUUCCUGACGCGUCCAUCUUUAUCUGGUGUCUUUGGCACACUGUGGUAACGGUGGCUAGCUAACGUUACCCUGCUAACAUGCUCUAAAUAAGUUUACACCUCCACGAGCACAGUUCGCACACAGAACAAGUAGGUUCACCACGUUCAUAAACGUUGUGUCAAGUUCCUGGUCACAGUCAGAGUCAUUUGUGUUAUUUGUUUACACUGAACACGAGUGACGACUUUCAACUAAAGUUACUAACUAUAACCUAACUUUAUGGAGAGAUCCCCCAUUCAGUUUUUACACAGAUUUAUUGUUGUGAAGGUCCUAGAGCUACAUGUGCUAAAGUAUAAAUAAUGACGCAGGAGACUUUCCAAGUGGUGUGAACUAUCUCUACCGAUCACGGAUCAGAGCGGCUGUGUUCUGCUGCUGCUAGAGGAGGAGCAGAGGUUGACCCCAACCGUCCCUGAUCACACCUCAUCACUGCAGCGGUUCAUGAUGAAUUCAGUCUGUGCCUCUUUGUUACAGAGCAUUGACAUCAGUAGUUACUGGGUGUUACUAUGACUCUAUGAACACACACUGGAGUGUCCUCAGCACCUUAAAGCCCAAUCCAUGCUCCUGCGUUGAGUCUAUGGCGUGGACCCUACACAGACAGUAUUUGUUGCAGUUCUUUAAGAAAAUGUAACUGCUCUUCAACAUCUGUCUGCUCUAACUCCAACAUGGCAACACUCAUAAAUGUUUUUUUUACUCGGUAAACAAUAACAUUUACGAUGCAGCCGAUUGCCUACGCGUGUGGACAGUGUAGACUUGUUGGGGGCCUUCCGGCCAAAACAACUUGCAUACUUCCAUGCUGCCUAUUUUCACUGGUUGUUAAGAAAUCUACCCACUAGAGGCCAUCACAGUAGAGAGCGUGUCUGACAACAACAAACCUGUUAACAGGGCUGGAGGUUGUGAUAACGUACCUCAUAAGAAGCCGGCAAAAGAAGCUGCAGACGCCUUUUAGUGUCUUACAAACUCGUCAAGUGUCAAAAUGUAUUCUUAAUGUCCUCUUAUCAGCUCUGUUUUGUGCACAAAUACAGAUGAAACAAAGGACAAGUAUCCAGAUUGAAUUGAAAUGCUCGUGAAAGAUGCUCUUGUGGCAAAAAAUAUUCCAGAUGAUUUUUGGUGACAAAUGAUGUUUAUCUCCUGUAGCGGUCCAAAGAUGAACACUACAUAACAGAAGAAAACAGAAGGGCUCCAACAGCCAACCAGAGAUGUCUCCUAAAGUGCCGGGUGGCCAAGGCCGAGGGGACUUUUCCGCAGUGCAAGUAGCUGUUCGAGUGCGCCCCCUGCUGCCUAAGGAGCUACUACACUGCCAUGAGAGCUGUAUCACUGUGGACACUGAACUUUGUCGGGUCACCCUGGGCCAUGACAGACACUUUCUUUCUGACUUCCUCUUUGAAGAGUCCUGCUUUCAGGAGGAGGUUUAUUCUGAGUCUGUACAGCCACUCAUCGACGCCUUCUUCCAAGGGUUCAAUGCUACAGUGUUUGCCUACGGACAGACUGGCUCAGGCAAGACCUACACCAUCGGAGAAGCUAAUAUUUGUUCCUUUAGAGAUGAGGUGCAGGGUAUCAUUCCAAGGGCUGUUGCAGAUGUCUUCAAGCUGUUAGAUGAAAAUGACCUCACAGACUUCUCUGUCCGAGUGUCCUACCUGGAGGUCUACAAAGAGGAGUUCAAUGACUUACUGGAGGUAGAGACGGCCAGCAAGGACAUCCACAUCCGAGAGGAUAAAGGCAACAUUGUUUUGUGUGGCGUGAAAGAGUGUGAGGUGGAGGGUCUUGAUGAGGUGUUGAGUUUACUGGAGUCAGGAAACACAGCCCGGCACACUGGCGCAACCCAAAUGAAUCAAAACUCCAGCCGGUCACACACCAUUUUUACCGUGUACAUGGACCAACGUCGGGGGAUUUCACGCCUUUACGCCACCGCUGCAACUUCUGGACCACAAAUGUUGUCUUCCAAAUUCCACUUUGUUGACCUGGCGGGGUCAGAGCGCAUUUUAAGGACAGGGAACACUGGAGAGAGACUGAAGGAGAGCAUCCAGAUUAACAGCGGACUGCUGGCCCUGGGAAAUGUUAUCGGGGCGCUGGGGGACCCCAAGAGGAAAGGCUCUCACAUACCAUACAGAGAUUCUAAAAUAACAAGGAUCCUAAAAGAUUCCUUAGGAGGAAAUUCAAAAACACUGAUGAUUGCCUGCAUCAGCCCAUCCUCCGCAGACUUUGAUGAGAGCCUGAAUACACUGAACUAUGCCACGAGGGCGAGAAACAUUCAGAACAAGGCCACUGUCAACUGCAAGCGUGAGCCCGAUCGUGUAGAAGGGCUGGAGCAACAGAUCAAGGCCCUGCGCAGAGCCCUCGAAAACCGCCACCGCUCAGAGACCCGCAUCAUCGCUCACGCUGAUCCAAACAGGAGGCCUCGACUCGGAGAGGGAGAGAUCAGCAGAAUGCAGGCCCAAAGUGCUCACUACCGGACCUGCACGGACACUGCUUACAGGUUACUGCGGGAGCUGCAGAGUGAAGGGGCUCUGACUGCAGAGCAGAGUUUGAAGGUGAAGGAGUGGCUGUGCUCGGUGGAGGAGGAACAGAGCCGACUGACCACUGCUUCAGGACCAGACAGUGGUAUCGAGAACAGCUCCACGGAGGAAAGUGUUGCAUUGAGGAGGGGGAGGCCCACUGUCAGGAACCAGGAUCCAGAGGCUCAAGAGGAGAGGUGGGGUCAUGAGCAUGAAACUGAGAAAGGUGGAGAGAAUGAGGACAGUGUUCAGCUUCAGGCCCAGAUUCAGCGGUUGGAGACGGAGAACACAGACUUUUUAGCUGCUCUGGAGGAUGCUAUGGAACAAUACAAGCAGCAGAGUGAUAAGCUGCAGGAGCAGCAGGACCUGAUCGCAGAGCUGCAGUGUCAGCUGUCCAGUCCAGGCCUUAACUUGAGAACCCGGCCACACACUGCCCCUAUUGCCUCCAUGCAGCAGAGUCAGAAUGGAGUCACAUUCAGACAGACGAGUCCAGUGGGCUACACUGGUAAUGGGCCUGGUGGUGAUCACGAUGGAAGCUUCUUUGAGGAGCUGGGAGUCCAAGGAGGAGCAGAAAUGUCGGACACAGAAGAAGAGAGCCACUACCGCCAAGAGAGACGCAAGCAGGUGAAUCUAACCUGGACUAACAGGGACGUGUUGUUUGGAGGACUAACCGCUGGUGGGAAAGGUCCAACAUCUCAGCUGCCUCAGCACAUGUGUUUGACCAGAAAAGCAUCCAACUCCAGUUCUGGGGACACAUCGGCACGUGGGAGCUUGAAAGGUUUUGAAGGCGCUUCAGAUUGGGGGCUACAUCAGGCACAGCAGAAGAUCCGCGAGCUGUCCGUCACCAUCCGCAUGAAGGAAGAACUCAUCAAGGAGCUGGUCAAAACAGGUAAGGAUGCUCAGGCCCUGAACAGGCAGUACAGCCAUAAGAUCACAGCUCUGGAGAGUGAAGCUGUGCAGGCUCGACAGGAGCUGCAGGAGGCCCAGCGGCAGCUGCAGGAUCUAGAGAGACAAGAGCGAGAGAUCAGCACAACGGACAACACAAGAGCGCAGGAAUGUCGCAGGAAGAUAGCUGCUGCUCAGAGCAAAGUCAAGGUUCUAAGUCAACGUCAACGGGAUACUGCUCGUCUAGCUAACCUGCCCGCACAGAACGAACGCCGCGUGCUGGAGCUGGAGCGCAGUGUGCAGUCUAUGAGGCAGCAGCAGGAGCAGCUCCAGAAGCGGCUGCGUGAGGAAAGUCAGCAGAAACGACGUCUAGAGACAGAGAUGCAGCGAAGAACUCACAGAGUCAAGGAGCUCGAAAUAAAGAACGAGCAGCAACAGAAGAUCCUGAGGAUAAAAACGGAGGAGAUUGCUGCGUUUCAGAAGCAGAGACGCAGUGGCAGCAACGGCUCAGUCAUGUCACUGGAGGAACAACAGAAGAUUGAAGAACAAAAACGCUGGCUCGAUGAGGAAAUGGAGAAGGUCCUGGAACAGAGAAGAGGACUAGAAGGUUUGGAAGGAGAGCUGACGAAGCGAGAGACGAUCCUGGCGAAGAAAGAAGCCCUGCUGCAGGAACGCAGUGGACUGGAGACCAAGCGGCUCCGCUCCAGUCAGGCCCUGAGUAAGGACCUGGUGACGCUAACGGGGCGGAUUGAAACCCUUGAGAGCGAGUUGAGUGAGAGGAACGGCCUCCUUCGCAGCAGCAGCGCUCAAGACUCGCAACAGAUCCGCCAAGAGAUCUCCAACCUCCGGCAAGAGAAGGAUUCGCUGCUCAAACAGCGAGUGGAGCUGGAUGAUAAGCUGCGGCGGGGUAACCUGCUCUCCCCUGAGGAGGAGCGAACGCUUUUCCAGUUGGACGAGGCAAUCGAGGCUCUGGAUGCCGCCAUCGAGUACAAGAACGAGGCCAUCAGUCAGAGACAGAGGCAGCUGAGGGCUUCUGCCAGUAUGCUCUCCCAGUGGGAGAUGAACCUCAUGGCCAAGCUCAGCUAUCUGUCCGGCUCUGAGACCAGAGCUCUGCUGUGCAAGUACUUUGACAAGGUGGUGACUCUGCGUGAGGAAGAGCGAAAGCUGCAGCUAGCCUUGGCUGAGCUGGAAAUGCAACUGGACGAGCAGCAGAAACUGGUGCAGUGGCUGGAGAAUGCCCUCGAUCGCUCACAACUGGACACGGAUCGCCGACUCACACAACAGCAGAAGGAACAUGAGAAGAGUGUGCAGCUCUUACUGCAGCAGUGUCGAGAGCAAAUGGACGAGGGGUUGGCAGGAAGGCAGCGGCAGUACGAGGGGUGGAUCCAUAACCUCAGCCAGGAGCUAAACCACUUCAAGGCUGCUAAUGUGGAUCUAAGUAACAAGCUGAGGGGGCUCUGUGGUUCAGCCAGCCAGCCUAAGGAGCAUGCUAGAGCGAGUGCCUGCAGCAUGGAGAGGCUGACCCGCAGCCCCGAGGACAGCCCAGGGGGCAGAAACGUUGGGCAGCCCGACAAAUCUCCCCGGUCCAGGGAGGAAAUGCGUGAGCUGGUAAACACCCCGCUCCCGUCCACAUGGCGGCGCUCUUCCCUACCUAUAGAGGAACCUGCAGUCAUGGAUGAACUGUGGUAUCAAGCGGCUGUGGACGUGUCGGUUAACCGUGUAGUUCAAACCGGUACGGGGCCCUGGGUCGGGCAGACGUCCCUGCCUGUGGUUAAAUCUCGCCGAGAGUCACGUCGCCCCAGCCUCAACGUCGGACCCCUGAACUCAAACAAUGCAUUAAUCGACGUACGGAAGAACCCUGUCUGAAUUUUACUCAAAUGUUACUUUCACGACCAAUCACCUAGAUUUUGUUCUGUGAUUUCAGAAAUAUUGUUUUAUCCACUUUUUGUCUUUGCAUUACAGUUUUUAUUCUUGUAUAUAAAGUUUUGUAUUAAAAACAGAAAUCCACAGAUUUUUACAAGAAGCACUUUCACUAAGGUAGAGUCUAAGUUUCCGUUUCAUACUGUCAUUUGUAUGUUUAUAUUCUUAGCAACCAUGAAAGUCAAUAAGACGUGAAUUAAUUACAUUAUUACUAUUUGACACUCUUUUUCUUUUUUCUACUAAGUACGCGUCUUUUGACCUUCAGAUAUUUUAUAUUAAACUGUUUUUGCCUUCCACACUCA